GUGUACCACUCCAAGUGCAUCGAUCCAUGGUUGACAAAAAAUAGAAGAGUGUGCCCAAUAUGCAAACGGAAAGUAUUUGCUCAUGACGAACCUCACAAUUAUUCUGACAGCGACUCCGAUAGUGACGAUACCACUCCCCUGAUAAAUUCUAAUAACCGUGGAACACAAGGCGGAACAUUCCAGGACCAAUCAGAGAAUCCUAUCCAAAGAGCUGCCCGUUCUAUAUCCCAACAAUCCGGAGCGGCAAACUUGGUCACCGCCUCUGAUCAUCACAGCAUCAAUGGGGACUAUCAGAGUAUCAACGGUAGUGACGGAUCGGAUGACGUCUGCUCCGUACGUAGCGUAACGGUACAUUCAUGUGAUAACUUGGAGGUGAAUAUUCGCGGAUCUGCUGCCAGUAGCAGUACGGAUGAUGUUGAUAUUAAUAUGUAUGUAUAAUAUUGUUUAGUGAUUUUUAUCUCGUGAUUUCUAGUCGGGUACGAAUUGUGAAUAUAGUUAUGUAGUUUAAAUAGUGGAUAAGCGUCAGUAGUAGUUCGUACAAGUCAUUUGGCAGUUAACAAUCAUUGGAACUCUUGAACCAGUUGUGAAGAAAGUGCAAAGAGAAGUGCUUGAUCGACUUUAAAUUACAUUCAUCGACACAUCAUA